AAAUAUUUGCCUCUAACAAAGCAACUGCCUUGUGUGUAACUAAGUAGUGAUUUUAUUUAUGUGUAUUUCAUUGUAUCUUCUGACCAGUUACAGCGUGAGGAAGUUCCCAUGGACGAUGGUAGCUCACAUUUUCGUUUUAAUUAUCGUAUAAAAAUGAAUAUUAAUUUCAGUGAACGCCGAACAACGACGACGUCGUGCCCGACUACCAAGCAGCACUUUGUGUAAAGCAAAAUUCGACAGAAAACAUUACGUGGUAGUAUAAUUCAAUUGACCCGACUAUGGUGUUAGGCAGUUUAUUGGCUGUUUUUUUUUUUGAGGACACAGCCAAUUCCGACAGAACACCGGCUGUAGGUGAUGCUAGUGAUGACCACUCUUGGGAAAUUACAAAAGAAAGAAGACAACAAGUAGAUAAGGAGAAAAGAAAAAGAAGAACGAAAAAAAAUAGGAAACGAUUAAGAAAACAAAAAGCAGAAAAAUGGAGAAAAUGAAGACAGGAAUAACUAAGAGGAUAAAAAAAACAAGACAAGGAGACAAUCAGGUGAAGGAAAAUAAAAAGUGGGAGGAAAAGACAACCAGGAGAAGAGGAAAAAGAAGGAUACAGAGAAGAGGAAGGAAAAUAGGAUCAGAACAACAAGGAGAUCGAACAUAACACGAGAAAAGAAAAUGAGAAUAAAAAGAAGACAGGAAUAAGAUGACAAAAAUUAUUUUAAAAAAAAUAAGACAAUAAGACAUGGAAAGAGAACCAGAAGAAGGGAAAAGAGACAACAAGACAAGGAGAAAAAACAAGACAAAAGAGAUGAUGAAGACGAGAAAGAGAAGAACAGAAAGAAUGAGAAGAAUGAAGAAGACAAAAAUGUUAAAAAUAAGACGAGAAGAGAGAAAAAGUAGCAGAACAGGGACAAAAGGUGCCUUAGCUUAAAAUGUUCAUCCAAAGUUCAUCAUAAUACUAACUUGCUUACCUGUCAAUAUUGUAAUAUGUAAACAUGAUUUUUGUGCCACGUAAUGAUGUAAUAAUGUUAUAGGCCAAUAUGUGAUACAGUAUAUGUACUGGUGUAAACUUGUAAUAUGUAAUAUUGUACUGUAACUUUGCACUAUAAUAUAUAAUGAUGCACACUUAUAUGUAAACAUGUAAUAUGUUAUAUUGGACUAUGUAAUGAUGUAAUAUUGUAAUUUGUAAUGAUGUAAUAUAGUAUAUACUGAUGCAAACAUGUAAUAUGUUGUACUGUAACUUUGCACGAUAAUACAUAAUGAUGCAAUAUUGUAAUAUGUAAACAUGUAAUAUGUUGUACAAUGAUGUAAUAUUUGUUAAGUCUAAGCACAAGAUGACGACAUGUCAGUGAUGUAACAAAAUGUGUGCGUCGUAGUCUAUCGUCCUUACAUCAUCCGGGCACACUGCAGGCCACGCCCUCCUUAUCUCCCUUUUUGUGGAAACUGGAGACCACGUGACCCUCGACCACAAUAGACACGCCCCUUUGUGUCAGUUUUAAUGACGACAUGACAGGCCAGCAAAUUGGAUGAGGCAUAUGAGGAAGGUCUGUGCUUGAUGGACAUGCAUAAAUAGACUCCAAAGAGAGGAGACAAGACUUUAACAGAUGAGAAGUUAAGGGGAUGAACAGCUAACAUUCAUUGCUAACUUUCGAGCAUGUUGCUCCUUCUGCGAAUGAUGAUGAUGAUGAUGAUGAGCGGGAGUCAGGAGAUUGUGGUCCAGCCUGAGGAGGUCCAAGACGUGUCUCCUGCCAGUUCCUGGUUGAUGUUCCUCAACAACGCCAACAAGGAAGCUUCUAAAAGAACACCAAAGGGCCCUCCAGGCCCACAAGGAUCCCUCCUACCUGAACAGCAGCAGGUCAAACUGGCAGAUGUGACGUCAAAAACCUGCGUACAGUGCGAGCGCCCUCCCCGAGUCCCAGCCUCCUUCCUGGGCCGCCUCCCGCGGGCCGUCAAUGUUCCUCGCCGCAGUCUGCAGGAGCUCUCCGGCUUCCGUCAGGCCAGCCUCUACCAGAGAGGUCAAAGCUUCAACGCCAGCGAUGGGCGGUUCACGGCACCGCUGCACGCCUUCUAUCAGCUGAGUGCCAACCUCCUGCUACAGUCAGGUGACCGUGUCCCCAUGCGACCUCGAGAUAACGUGAGAGCUGCCAUCUGCCUCAAUUCCCUCUGUCAGAGUAACCUGUCCAUAGAGUCUGUGAUGGGCGUGGCCAACGUAAGAGGAGCAUUCAGGAUCUUCCUCACAGGAACCUUCUUCUUACAGCAGGCUGGUGAGUACGUGUCCAUCUUCGUGGACAACAACACAGGCUCGGCCGUCCGUGUCCUGCCAGACUCUUUCUUCUCUGGAAUACUGCUGGGAGCUUGACUUCCUGUUACCACUUGGACUUACACAAACUUUAUUGUUUCACAAGGAAAAUAGUUCCACACAGUAGCUCAGUUACAAAGGAUGGAAAGGAUAAUGCAGGUAUAAAGUAGACUAAAAAUGUACCAUAGUAGCAAUAUAAAAUAUAACAUUUACAUACACUUGUAAAGAACAUAG